AAAAUCUUAUUUGAAACACCUUGUAGUAGUGCACGUUGUAGUAAAUUAUUGUUCAUCAAACACUGUAGUAUUAAGUGUAAUUUGAGAUUUCAAAGAACAAAUAUGAAAACAUUUCUUCAGAGAAAUUGAGUCGUUGUUGUUGACUACUAGUUCUCUUCAAAACUUGCAGACAGCAAAAGUCUAAUUACGACAAUGAUUGAACAGUUUGAACAAUGUUUAAACAGAGUAAACUUUUUUUGGAAGUUGAUUGGCAUGAGCAUAGAUUAUCGUGGCGACAGCAAAACUGUAAUAGGAUUUAUCCGUAGUCACAAGCUUUAUACCGCGCAAUUUUUUUCAUUGAACUGCGAAAAUGUAGCCCAAAUACUAUGGGUUUUCGAAGCCGUUAUCACAGGAAAAACUUUCCUAGAAAUAACCUAUUUGAUCCCGUGCCUCAUUCUUUGCUUUUUGAGUGUCUUCAAAUCAGUCUCAAUACUUUAUUAUGCAAAAUAUAAUUAUGAAUUCAUUGUAACUAUGAAAGAUUUGCUAUCGGGUCUAACACCAAGCAACGAGGAGGAUAAUAUUUUUAUGAAGACUCUUAUUGACAAACAUGUUUUAAUGUUGAAGAAUAUAUCCAAGAGGAUAGUUACUGUUGUUUCGGUGGGUCUCCUAAUGUUUGCUUUGGGACCGGUGUUUGUUAUUCUGCCACAUUAUUUCAAAACGAAUGAGGUCAAACUUGAAAUGCCCUUCAUCGCAUAUUACCCGUUCAACGAGUUUGACGCACGGAUUUAUCCCUUCAUGUAUAUUCAUCAGUUGUGGACAGCUACAUUCGCCGUAAUAAUGGUGUACGGGCCCGACUACUUCUUCUUCACUUGUUGUACAUUCAUACAUAUUCAGUUCACAAUACUGAGCUAUGACAUGGAAAGAUUGGUUAACGAUGGCUCCCGUUCAUGUGACAGAGGUAGACUUAAACAAUUAGUUGCGCGCCAUAUUGAAUUGAUGAGGUGCGUAGGAUUGAUAGAAAAAAUAUAUUCAAAGUCAAUCUUAUGUAAUGCACUGACAAGUUCGGUCAUAAUAUGCGUCACUGGCUUUAAUGUUUCGGAGGUUGACAAUGUACUAAUGAUGGGUUCGUUCAUGGCUUUCCUUAUGUUUGGCUUGAUGGAAAUCUUCUUCUAUUGUUAUUACGGCGACAUUAUUAUGAGAUCGAGCAUGAAAGUAGGUGACGCCAUUUACAAUAGUUCCUGGUACAUGACGGGAGCGGCAGACAGAAAAUUAUUUCUCAUUGUCCUUACAAGAUCACAAAAGCCUUGCGAAUUGUCGGCUUAUGGAUUUUCCAAAAUCAAUUUGUACGCAUUUACGAGUAUUCUAAGCUCAUCCUGGUCGUACUUCGCUCUUUUGAAGACAAUGUAUCAUCCGGAAUGAAAUUAAUACUAAUACUUACUUAAUAUAUAAAGCUAAAGAGGUUUUUGUUUGCUUGAAUGCUCUAAUAUCCGGAAUUACUGAUUCGAAUUGAAUCCUUUUUUG